AUGGAAGCUAUUAAAUCAAGAGCUGAAGCUCAUUUACACGACGUUAUGUCGAAUCGAUCAGAAGUAAGAUACAUUGAUCCAAAUAAUCAUGAAGGUGAUGAAGACUUGUUGAAUCAAAUAGGUUAUAAACAAGAAUUAAGAAGACAUUAUUCAACAUUUGAGACAUUUGGUAUAGCAUUUUCAAUCAUGUCAUUAUUACCAUCAAUUGCUUCAAUAUUACCUAUAUUACUUGAAAGUGGUUUAUUAGGAGCUUGGUUAUCAUGGUUUAUUGCAAGUAUAUUCAUAUUCUUGGUAGGGAUGGGCCUAUCUUUUUUAGGAAGUAGUAUUCCCACGUCCGGUGGUUUAUAUUAUUAUACCAAUUACUAUUCUCCUGAAUCAAUAAGAGUUCCUUUAAGUUUUUUGAUUGGUUGUGCUAAUUCUAUAGGGUUAAUUGCUGGAGUAUGUGGAAUUAAUUAUGGAUUUGCUGUAGAAGUUUUAUCAGCAGUUGCGAUACAAAAAGAUGGAAACUUUGAAAUUACAAAUGCUAAAUUAUAUGGAUUAUUUGCCGCUUGUGUCGUUUCAAACAUUGUUAUUGCUUCAUUAGCAACAAAACAAGCUGCUAAAUUGCAGGCUGUAUCUAUUUAUCUCAAUUUGUUUUUGAUUGUGUUGUUUAUCAUUGCCGUUCCUGUUGGAUACUCAAAACAUCAUACAUUUAAUUCUCGAGAAUUGAUUUUCUCAGAUUUGACUAAUUUUCGUACUUGGCCAAUCGGUUGGAGUGUUUGUUUGAGUUUACAAGGUGCUGCUUGGGUUAUAGGAGCAUUUGAUUCUGUUAUUCAUUGUUCAGAAGAGUGUAAAAAUCCUCAAAGAGCUAUGGCAUGGGGUAUUCUUGGAUCAAUUGGAGCUUGUGGUGUAUUAGGAGUUGCCAUUGUUACAGUUUGUGUUGCUUGCAUUAUGGAUGGAGAUAUUCAAAGAGUAUUGGAAUCAUCGACUGGUUCUGCUAUGGCACAAAUCAUUUAUGAUGCAUUAGGAAAACAAUGGGCAGUUGCAUUUAUGGCAUUGAUUGCAUUAGGUCAAUACUUCAUGUCUACUUCAAUCAUUAUAGCUACAAGUCGUCAAGUUUGGUCGUUUGCAAGAGAUGAUGGAUUACCAGUUGUAUAUCAAUGGGUUAAAUACGUUGAUCCGAGAAUUAAAGUUCCAGUUAGAGCAACAAUCUUUGCAGGAAUUAUAGCUUUACUUAUGGGUUUGUUGGUCUUGAUAGGUCCAGCGGGUGCUAAUACAUUAUUUUCAUUGGGUAUUUGCUCGAAUAGUUUAGCAUUUUUGGUACCAAUUUUAUUAAUUAUGUUACCAUACGGCAGAAAAAAAUUUAUCCCGGGGCCAUUUUGGUUUGGUAAUGGAGUUUCAUACGUACUCAUGUCCCUUGCAGUUUUUUGGUUAACUUUGCUUAUGAUGUUGACAAUGUUCCCAGAUAAUAGAGAGGUCAACAAAGAAACGAUGAAUUAUACAGUGGUGAUUAAUGUAGGAUCUUGGAUCUUGUCAUUGGCUUAUUUUUUUGUUCAUGGUUAUAAGAAGUACUCCGGACCUAAAUCAAACUUGGAUGAUACCGAGUUUAUCGAUGGCUCAAGUGUUGCUUUAGUUGAAGAAAUUUUGUCAGAAAAGAAAGUUUAA